AUGCUGGAUCACUGUGGAUCAGUGUGCGCUGUGCGUCUAGAUGACCUAGUGAUGAUCUGGAGACUGGCUGCUGUAGCUCUUACAGGUUCACUGGUGCUUGUAGAUGCAGGGGUGCUGUGUGAAAAGCGUGACCGGAGAACACUGACUUUCUCCAGGUCUCUUCCAGAGGAGUUCAGCGCUUUUCGGACCAAACGGUCGCUCCAGUCCAACUUCGUAGAAUGUACGACUCCCGUGAGUCCCAGAGAGCACACAGCCCUGGAGAGCAACACGUACGAGACUGUCUUCCACGGAGAUGACGGAUCUAGUUUUAUUCUAGCAUGGGUAGGCGAUGGAACUGGGGUUAUUCUGGUUUUAUCCACAGUUACCGCACCACUGGAAUCCAUUUAUGAGCGUGGCUCCAUGCGACUGUACAGGAGUGAAGAUUAUGGGAAAUCCUUUCAUGACAUCUCGUAUACCAUCAACAGUUCCUUCAUAAGAAAGGACUUUGGGAUAUCUGUUGGACCGGGGAAUUCACAGCAGGUGAUUUUGACAGCUGAGCUACCCAUUGCCAGUGUCCCAGGAGGACUUAUAUUUACCUCCACAGACUCAGGAAAGACUUUCAGAUCAGUACAGCUGCCAUUCCACCCAGCUCAGCCCAUUUCCUUCCAUCACCACAACCCAGACUGCCUCUUGGUCAUCAGCACCAAGGGCAGUCUAUGGCUCUCACAGAACUUCGGGAGCAGCUGGUCUAAAAUCCAUGACGGAGUUUACUCUUUUACAUGGGGACCUGGCGACACUCUUUUUUUCAGUUAUAGCCCUAAAGACACAGCGGAGGCCGACAGGCGAGGAGACCUUUUCCUGAGACGCACGCAGGACCUGGGCCGAACCUUCACCACCAUCGCUCAGAAUAUUUUCUCGUUUGGCUACAUUGGAGGCUUCCUCUUCACCUCCGUCAUGGAGAGACCGGGUUCUCCUCGGGCUAUUUACGUGUCUUCGGACCGUGGCGAUCGAUUCACCAAAGCCGUACUCCCAUCAGCCACCUCAGAUCAGUUCUACUCCGUUCUGGAUGGUGAUGAAGAUAUGAUCUUCAUGCACGUGGAUAGCCCUGGAGAUGAGACGUAUUUUGGGACAGUGUACACGUCUGAUGACCGCGGCAUCCUGUACUCCAAGUCUCUUGAACGCCAUCUGUUCGGUGGCGAAAGGAAGAGCGACUUUACAAAUGUGACGUCAUUGCGAGGAGCAUAUCUCACCAAUGUUUUGGAGGAGGAUGGACGGAUUUGCACAGUCAUCACAUUCAAUAACGGUGGAAAAUGGUGGCCAGUAAAAAAGCCGAAAAACGUGGAAUGCGAAGGAAGCGUUAAAAGGUGUAACUUGCACAUUCAUGGAGAGCACAGCCACUACAGCGGCAUUUCUCCCAUGCUGCCUCUGUCUCAUCCUUCUGCUGUUGGUCUGAUCAUUGCUCAUGGCAGUGUCGGGGACUCCAUUUCUGUGUCUAAGCCGGACGUGUACGUGUCCUCGGAUGGAGGGUACAACUGGAUACGUGCGCUGAGAGGACCUCACCAGUAUGGCAUACUGGAUUCAGGAGGCCUGAUUGUGGCUGUGGAGGUUCGCAGAGAUCGACAGGCUAAUGCGAUAAAAUUCUCCACAGAUGAGGGUCAAUGUUGGAAGGCUUAUAAUUUCACAGAGCAUCCCAUCUUCUUCGCUGGCAUUGCAGCUGAGCCUGGUGCCAAGACUCUGAACAUCAGUGUGUUCGGUUACCGGCCUGAUGAUGACGAUCAGCCCACGUGGGUGGCAGUGACUAUAGACUUUGAGCAGCUUCUAACCAGAGAAUGUGGUGAACAGGACUACAUCGAGUGGUUGGCCCACUCUGAUGAAGGAGAACAAGAUACAGAGACAGGUGGAUGUGUCUUAGGCUACAAGGAAACUUUUCAGAGGCUGAGGAAGACGUCAGUCUGCAGAAAGGGGCGCAACUACGUGGUCAGUAAGCACCAGAGAUCGUGUCCCUGCUCCAGAGAGGAUUACAUGUGUGAUUAUGGUUAUUACCAACAUGAAAACAGCUCUGAAUGUGUGAAACAGCCUGCGUUCACAAACCAAACACUGGAGAACUGUUUCAGUGGGGAGGUAGAGGAGCUCCAGACAACAGGGUAUCGAAAGCUUCCCAGUGAUAAAUGUGAGGGUGGCUUUAGCCCCCCACGUCAGAUGGAUGUCGCCAAAAUGCAUUGUGGGAAUACCAGCCAGCCUUCCCCUACCAGCCAUCAGCCUAAUAGACUAGGGGUGUGGUUGCUGAUUGUGAUAAGUGUCAGUGUGGGGGCUGUAGCUCUGACUAUCGUUACCGCAGUUAUCAUAACAGUCCAGAGGAUGAACUACAGGCAAAGGUUGACAUCUUUCCAAUUCUCAGCUCUUCAGCUGCAUGAGGAUGAACUGUGUGCUGCCUUUGCAAGCACUCCAAGCAGUAACCAAGCUCUCUACCAAGAAGAAUCGGAUGAUGUUGUUUUCAACAGCAUGAACGCCGUUGUUCCUGAAUCUCACACAGAUCUGAAAUGCUGAGCAACUUUAUUUCACAAACUCUUCUUGCUGUCCAUUCAGUAUUCACGCUCGAAUGAGUUGGUUUUUUUUUGUUUUGUUUUUUGCUGAGAUGGAAAUAAAACUCAUUAACAACACAGCAACACAAUUAAAAAGUGUGGGUCUGUUCACCGGACUCACAUGCUGGUAAUGUUCACACUAAACCACCCCCCCGAUAUGCACAUAACUUAUGAUUGGAUUAUAUAACAUGCAUUUACAGUACAGUGCCCCCCAAAAGUAUUGGAAUGGCAAGGCCAAUUCUUUUGCAAUUCUUUAUUCAGUUAUUGCAAACAAGAUAUAUUCAACCAAACAUUAAGUGUUACUUACCUUAAUUUCAGGGCAGUGGUAGCUCAGUGUUUAAGAUGUUGGACUACUGAUUGGAAGCUCCUGAGUUCAAAUCCCAGCACUGCCAAGCUGCCGCUCCUGGGCCCUUGAGCAAGGCCCUUAACCCUCAACUGCUCAGUUAUACAAAUGAGAUAAAAUGUAUAUCACUCUGGAGAAGGGUGUCUGCCAAAUGGUGUAAGUUGUUUAACACAUCUAGAUGGAAAUGAAAACUGAAAUUUAUCAUCUUAUAUUCAUCUUUUGAUCUCAAACCCAAAUGUCUUCAGUAUAUUGCAAAAACAAAAGCAUUGGACUUGCUGUUCUGAUACUUUUGGAGGGGAUUGUAAAUGGUCUAAAGUCAGAAUGAACAUCCCAGUUUACCAUGACUCUCUAUGCCCUUGCAUGGCCUAGAUCUUUUACAUAAGCGACAAGCUAUUUAAUGCCUGACCAAACCACCUAUACAUAAAGAUAAAAACUCUGUCUGAGUCUCAAACCCUAAUUGGAUUGUCAUUCCAUAGGUGUGGGGGCUUUGUACAGCCCCUUGCUGUAGUUUACUACUUUAAGCGGUGCUGUCUCAGUACUGUAUAUGCAAGUAUAAAUUUAGCUACUGAGCCAUGUUACAUUUUGGAGAUGAAGAGGUUUGAUAUUGGAGGUUUAAAUCGCUUCUGGUAGUUAUUCAUUUUAGGAUAAUUUGAGGGUAUCAGACCUAGUACACAAACUGAUAUUGAGAAGGAAAUCAGUGCAAUUAAUUCCAUCUGUUGAAUUAAACAAUCUAUAUUGUAUGCUACAAUAUUUUGGUAUAUGUGCUUUGAUAGUGGUAUUAUUUGUAAUUAAUUUUGUUACUGUAUUAAAUACAAAUCUAUUUGUUAUAAAUGGUUAUUUCAUAAGUAAUCACCCCUGCAGUUAAUGUGUCAGGUUAUCAAUGUUCCAUCUAUUUUUUUUCUCGCUAAGCAAAAUACCUUUCUACUGGGUAGGUCCUUCUUCCAUUUGAGGUCCUUUUGCCACUUUCUGGUUAGCAUUAGAAGAAUAGCCUGGGAACACAACUCUCAACAACAUGACUGAAAUUGACUAACUUUUUUUAUACACAUUUUUGUGUCUAGGUGUAGAACUUAGUGUGUUAAACCAUUAUUGGGUCCCUAUACAUACAGUUGCAGUCGGAAGUUUACAUAUAUUCAUCCUAGACAUGAAUGUCAUGGCAAUAUUGGGCUUUCAAUAAUUUCUUUGAACUUUUCUUUUUCUGGAGCAGAAUGAUUGUACAACAUACAUCUUUAAUAAAAAACAAAAUAAUUUGGUUCACAAGUUUUAAUUCAUUUGGGGUUUUCUGUAAUCAACGCAGGACCAAAAUUAUACAUACAGGGUCAAAAAUAUACAUACAAACACUUAGAUUAUUAAUUCAGUGGUGCUGAAAGCUCCAAAAUGUCCUUUAAUUUGCCAAGACCCAGGCCUUUUAAUUUCCUGUCAGUGAUCAUGAUUGACUGCAGCUGGCAGCUUCACUGUGUAAACAUAAAAUGGGUUUGUUUGACAGCGCUCGUUGGAUUGAUCAACACACAGUACUAUGAGAAAGUCCAAGGAGCACAGUGCAGAUCUGAGAGGAUGGUGGAUUUAUACAAGUCAUUAAUGUCUCUUGGAGCCAUUUCUAAACAAUUACAGAUUCCAAGAUAAUCAGUUCAAACAAUUGUACGUAAGUACGAGUUAUUGGGAAGUGUAGCCACUUUGCCAUGGUCUGGAAGAAGACCCAAACUGUCAUCCUCAGCUGAGAGGAAAUUGGUUCGGAUGGCCAGGAAUAACCCAGGAACCACCAAGGCACAGGCCUGCCAUGUACUGGAAGCUGCUGGAACAUCAGUGUCACUGUGUACAGUCAAGAGAGUUUUAAAUCGCCCUGGACUGAAAGGCCAUCAAGCCUGUGUAAAGUUUGCGGCUGACCAUAUGAACAAAGAAAAAGCCUUCUGGAGGAAAGUUUUAUGGUCAGAUGAGACAAAGAUUGAGUUGUUUGGCCACAAUGACCGGCAGUAUGUUUGGCGUUCAAGAACACUGUACCAACUGUUAAGCAUGGUGGUUGUAGCAUUAUGGUCUGUGGCUGUUUUGCAGCCAGUGGAACUGGUGCAUUGCACAAAGUGGAUGGAAUAAUGAAGAAGGAGGACUACCUUAGAAUUAUUCAGCAUAAUCUCAAACCAUCAGCCAGACGGUUGAAACUUGGGCACAAUUGUGUGUUACAGCAGGACAAUGACCCCAAACACACAUCAAAGCUGGUUGUGGAAUGUAUAAAGCAGGCUAACAUUAAUCUUUUGGAAUGGCCUUCCCAAAAUCCUGAUCUCAGCCCUAUUGAAAAUUUGUGGACUGUGCUUAAAAGUCUAGUAAGGGCCAGGAAACCAACAAAUGUCACUGAACUUUACCAAUUCUGCCAAGAAGAGUGGUCAAAUAUCCAACCAGAAUUCUGCCAGAAGCUGGUUGAUGGCUGCCAAAAGCGUCUGCUUGAGGUGAAACUUGCUAAGGUCAACUAAAUAAUAGGUGUGCUGUAUGAAUAUUUUUGACCUUGUGUUGACGACAGAAAACCCCAGAUAAAUUAAAACAUGUGAACCAAAUUCUUGUUUUUGUUUUUUAUUAAAGAUAUAAGUUGUACAAUCAUUCUGCCCAAGAAAAAGAACAGUUCAAAGAAAUUAUUGAAAGCCCAAUAUUGCCAUGACAUUCAUGUUCAUGAUGAAUGUAUGUAAACUUCCGACCGCAACUGUAUACCAUGUAUUAUAGAUUCGGUCCUUCCUGGGAGAAAUCUGAGGGAUGCCUUCAAGGCAACUAGCAAACAGUCGGAUCCAGCAGUACAACAAAAAUAACCUGGUAUAAGCUACAUUGUCAAGGAACAUUACGGUACAUCGUACCGCCUGGACAUCGCCUUUGAUAAUUUACACACCUCUACAAUGUUA